CCUGCCUCAGGGGACAGCGUGAGGCCGGUGGGGAUGACGUCACCCGUCCCCCAGAGGCAGCUGUCACCCCCAGAGUUUUCCUAGCAGUUGACCUUUGGGGAGCAGCGGGCUCUCACAGCGCCGAGGAGGAGCCGCGCGGGGCGGGGCGCCGUCACCACAUCCUCCUCCUCCUCCCCGCCCUGCUGCAGGGAUGGCAGCUGCCGGCCAGCGGCAGUGGGGGACCCAGGCUCGGUGCCCUCGUGUCCUGCCUCCCUCCACGCGUGACUGCGGGCCGCACACUCUCCAUGCGUCUGUCUGCCUGCCUGUCUGUCCGGCCCGCGUGCAGCCGCCUGGUCCCUGAGGGCCCUCCUGCUCCUGUCUGGCUGCCUUCUGUCCCUGCCUUCCUCUCCGGGGACACCUGCUCCGAAGCGCAGCUGCCCCUCAGUCUGGGUGACUGUCUGGCGGCUGGGACAGGCUGUGGAUUCUCACCCCAGACUCGGUUCCUCAGAUCCUCAUCUCCCACCUCCGCCCCAAACCCAGCUGCCCCCCCAGGAGGCCACCAGACUGCCCCAGAGCGCAGAAUGGACUUCUGAGCCCACGGAAGAAGCAGCCCAGUCCUUGGCCUGUCCCUCAUUCUCAGUGACUGGACAAAGGACCGGAGGAGAAAUUGCAUUGCAAGCCCUUGCCAUCCCAGCGAUGCACGCUUGGGAAUUCAGCAUGCAGCCACGUGGCUGGGUCCCUGCUUUGCUCCUGCUGAUGCUCCAGGGCGGCUGGGGCUGCCCGGACCUCGACUGCUACACGGACUACCUCCAGACGGUCACCUGCAUCGUGGAGAUGUGGACCCUCCACCCCAGCACGCUCACCCUUACCUGGCAAGACCCGAACGUGGAACUUCAGGACGAGGUCACCUCCUGCAGCCUGCACAGGUCCGGCCACAACGCCACACACGCCAAGUACACGUGCCACAUGGACGUGUUCCGCUUCAUGGCCGACGACAUUUUCACUGUCAACGUGACGGACGAGUCUGGCGACUACUCCCAGGAGUGCGGCAGCUUCUUGCUGGCUGAGAGAAUCAAGCCGGCUCCUCCUUUCAAUGUGACUGUGACCUUCUCGGGGCGCUACAACAUCGCUUGGCGCUCGGAUUAUGAAGACCCUGCCUUCUACGCGCUUCAAGGCAAGCUGCAGUACGAGCUGCAGUACAGGAACCGGGCGGACCCCUUGGUGCUGAGUCCGGUGACGAAGCUAAUCUCAGUGGAUUCCAGAGGCAUUUCCCUUCUCCCCGGAGAGUUCCGCAAAAACUCAAGCUAUGAGCUGCAGGUGCGGGCAGGACCUCAGCCCAGUUCCUUCUUUGGGGGAACCUGGAGCGAGUGGAGUGACCCUGUCAUCUUUCAGACCCAGCCUGAGGAGCCCAAGGCAGGCUGGGACACCCGCAUGCUGCUCCUGUCCCUGGUUGUCUUGGUCACCCCAGCCAUUGUCUUCACGGGCCUGAAGAUCCGCCUGCCUUGGAGGCUGUGGAAGGAGGUGUGGGCACCCGUGCCCAGCCCGGAGAGGUUCUUCCAGCCCCUAUAUGAGGGCCACAGAGGAGACUUCAAGAAGUGGGUGGGCACCCCGCUCACUGCCUCCAGCCUGCAGCUCGGACCCUGGAGCCCAGCAGCACCCUCCAUCCUGGAGGUGCCCGACUGCCGCCCAUCGAGGAGUCCGGCCAAGGGACCGGAGGCCCUGGGGCUGCCGCCGGGGCCUGCAGACCUGCUGGAGUCUGAUGGGGCGCCUGAGCCCGGCUCACCCUCCGUGGCCGGCAGUGCGUGUGGCUCAGAGUACAGUGAGGAGAAGGACCGGCCGUACGGCCUGGUGUCCAUCGACACGGUGAUGGUGGUGGACGCGGAGGAGCUGUGCACCUGGCCUAGCAGCUGCGGGAGCGAUGGCUACCCAGCCUGGAAUCUGGACACUGGCCUCGAGCCCGGCCCCAGCCCAGAGGACCUGCUCCUGGACAGGGGGACCACAGUGCUGCCCUGUGGCUGCGUCUCGGCCGGGGGCCCCGGGCUGGGAGGGCCGUUGGGCAGCCUGCUGGACAGGCUGAAGCUGCCCCCUGCAGAUGAGGACUGGGUGUCACCCGGAGGGGUCUCGGGGAGCGAGGCGGCCUCGCCCCCCGCUGGCCUGGACAUGGACACAUUCGACAGCGGCUUUGCGGGCUCGGACUGUGGCAGCCCCGUGGAGUGUGACUUCGCCGGCCCCAGGGACGAGGGGCCGCCCCGGAGCUACCUCCGCCAGUGGGUGAUCACGGAGCCUCCGCCCGAGGGACCUGAGCCCCAGGCCAGCGAGAAAAGUGGCCUGGCUGUCUAGGGCCGGCCGUGGCGCUGGGCCGUGACAAACCCAGGGGCAGGGCCCAGAGGCAGGACCGCCCGGUUGGUGGCGGGACUGGCCUCGGGCCCGGUGUUUGCAGUGUUCCUGUAUGUGCGCGUGUGCAAUGCACACCGUGGCCGCGGCGUGUCACCUGCCACACCUGCGACUGUCCCUCGGCCAUGAGUGUGGGCAGCUGGGGCGCCGCCGGGACGCAGACGCCCGCCUCCCUCCUCCCCCGCUGCAGGCCGAGGGGCACCGUCAGGGACAGGUGUCGGGUCCAGCAGCCGGGAGCCACAGACAUCCAGGCUGCCGCUGUCACCUCCUGUCACCUUUCAGGAAGGGGAAGGGACAGAGUGAGCCCACAGUGACCCUGGCGGUGGGACAGCGGGGGUGACGAGGAUACAGGUCUGAACGCCGGCUCUGAUGCUUCCUGGCCGAGCAACUCGGACCAAGUUUCCAUGCCAGGAAAAUGGGGACCGCAUGGCCUGCCCGGGGGAGGCCGCCUGUGGCAGGCAGGCUGGCGCCAGGGCGGGGGGGAGGAGAGUGCCCGGCCGGGGGCCACCCCCCAACUCACGGGGGUUUCCAGGCUGAAAGCACGCACUCAGCCUUGUCUCAGAAACAGCCUCAUUUAACCAAGAUUUCUUUUUCUGGC